AUGGCAUCUGACUUGUCAAAUGCUGCGCGGUUGGCUGGGAGCCUCUCCCAGAGCGUCUCCGGCGCCAUGGACUCGCCGUCCAGCUCGCUCACCAUGAGCUACGCGGCCGUUGAAGCUGCUCACGCCUCUACCGGCUGGCUCGGCCUCAUCGGGUGGCUUCUCUUGAGCAUCAUCAACUUCAUCACCACCGUCCUGUACUGGGCCAUCCGCACAGUGACUCUCACAUUCCCGACUUUCCUGUACACUCUCUUCUCCGGGAGCUGGACGGUGACCAUGAAUGCUACUACGCUCCUCCUUAGCAUGUUCAUCAUUGCGGCCAUCGUGUCGGCGGUCAGUUGGGUUGUCAGGUAUCGCAUCUUGAACAUGUACUCAAGAUUGCCCCCCGAACCUCAACGGAAGGAGCCUGAAAUCGACUUGUUCCCGGAUACCCACGAAGACGGUAUCAAGUCCGGCCUGGCCAACUACCUGGACGAGUUCCUGAGCGCCAUCAAGAUCUUCGGCUACCUCGAACGAUCCGUGUUUCACGAACUCACGCGAAGCAUGCAGACUAGGAAACUUAUUGCUGGAGAAACAAUUAAUCUAGAAGAAGAAAAAGGCUUCUGUAUUGUUGUUGAUGGCUUGGUUGAGAUUUUCGUCAAGUCUGGUAGGAAUCCUCGGGCGCCCGUCAGGAGCGGGUCUCAAGCCGACCUCUUUGAUUCCUCCGACGAUGAAGACACUCUGCCCGGUCAGCAAAAGUACCAGCUCUUGACUGAAGUCCGCAACGGAGCGCCCAUGUCGUCUCUCUUCUCCAUCAUGUCGUUGUUCACAGAAGACGUGAGGUUGAAAUCGCAUGAUGAAGAGACAACUCUCCGUGCGACUAGCAGUCGACACCAUGAGCGAGGCGAUCCCCUGAAACCCAAAGAGUCUGCUGGAAAGCCUUCUCAUGCUCCCACAUCAAUGCCAAGCACACCGCAUCUGGAUCCGAACGUGGAGCACCCAGGUGUCAGGUACGCCGAUGGCAUUCUGUCGAAUGGCGCAGCUGCAUCAAAGAUCCCGCCCAUAUCGUUGGAGCCUGCGGUUACCUUCGAGCCCAGCAAAGAGAGGCCAGGGCUUCCCAAUCGGCUGCUGUCAAGCUCGGCACACCCCGACAUCAUAGCUCGGGCAACAGUUGAUACAACUAUCGCAAUCAUACCUGCAAGUGCAUUCAGAAGGCUCAUCAAGAUAUACCCCAAAGCCACGGCACACAUCGUUCAUGUGAUCCUUUCUCGGUUUCAAAGGGUGACGCUGGCACAAGCGUUCAACUACCUUGGUCUAACAGCCGAAGUUUUACAAACUGAAAAGGACAUGGUCAAGUUUACCAUGUGUCAGCUUCCCAACAUUCUUCGCGGAGACGCCCUUAGCAGAUUGAAGGAGAAGUUUAAUCGCGAGCGGGAGCGCAUUGGCGAAGACCAAGAGACUAAAGGGAUUGCCCUGCACAAUUCGGCAGUUAACAGACGCCGAAGGUCGAGCACGGCUCUACGAAAAGAGAUAGCCAUUCAAGCUAUUGCCAAGAAUCGAUCCGUGUCCUCUACUAUAAACAAUGCUGCAUCUGCGCGCGAUCCCCGAUUAGCCCGUGGUCACAACCCUGGGGAUCUCCUGGCAGGUGCACAGCUCACUCGGGCAUUGAAUAGAGUUCCAGUUCCAGAAACUCCUGUCCGGUCUCCAACAGACCUUGGCAUAGACGAAAGCCUGUUCAGUCCUUUGACCCAAAAGACCUUUAAUCCAUUUGAUUCUGGACGGCACGCUCGCAUCUCGACGGAUCGGGAUUCAGUCGAUGAGGACAACCUCUUUAGAGCCUCCAUCCUCGAGUGUGUCUUCAAAUCCCUUGGCCUAGAUGCGGGUGGAACCUCGUCCAGGGAUGCCGACUCGAUGGAAGGAUCCCCGAGGUUGAUGGGAUCUCCUAGGUUGCUCUCUACGGACCAGCGGCGAGCAAAGACCAUGUACACGAACAACGCGUUUGGCUUCAUCGGACCGUAUGAAGGGUCGAUUGAUGGAGAGACUGAGUCAUUGGCCUCGAACGGGCUGGCUGGUCAUACUCCACCAACUGCACAUUCUUUGGCCCACGACAUGAUGGAUGAAGUUGAAAUCGUCUUCUUUCCCAAAGGGUCGGUGCUAGUGGAACAGGGUGAACGGAGUCCCGGUCUGUACUAUGUCGUGGACGGGUUUCUAGACAUUGGCACCACCGUAACCGAUGGUGCGCAAAACAUCUUUCAGAAAUCGGGCUCAGCUUCUUUUAGCGCAGAUUCGCUUCAUUCGGAACAACGAUUUCAAACACCGUCUCCCAAAGAUUCGGUCCAUGACACACCGUACUCUUCACAUCGGGACCAGGGCCAUCGUCGAAGCGUUGCCCUCAUUAAGCCGGGAGGCUUGGCGGGAUAUAUCGGCAGCGUCUCUUCUUACCGGUCCUUCAUCGAUGUGGUGGCCAAGACGGAUGUCUAUGUUGGAUUUCUUCCUCGAGCUUCUCUUGAAAGAAUAGUCGAUAGAUACCCCAUCAUCCUCCUGACAAUGGCCAAGAGGCUGACUCACAUUUUGCCCCGACUCAUCCUGCACAUUGACUUUGCCCUUGAGUGGGUUCAGGUUAAUGCUGGCCAAGUGAUAUUCCACGACAGCGAUGAAAGCGAUGCCAUAUACAUCGUCCUCAAUGGGCGUCUUCGCCUUGUGGAAGAUAGGCAAGACGGCGGAGUAUCAGCGCGAGCCGAAUUCGGGCAGGGCGAGAGUAUCGGCGAGCUUGAGGUGCUGACCGAAACUGCGCGCUCUGGAACCCUGCACGCCAUCCGAGAUACUGAGCUCGUCAAAUUCCCUCGCACUCUCUUCAACAGUCUCGCCCAGGAGCAUCCUAACAUUACCAUCAAGAUCUCCAAAAUCAUCGCUUCUAGAAUGAGAGCUGCAGUGGAUGACUCUACCAAAUUCUCCGCAAAGGAAGCGGGCUCGGGUGCUGUAACCAAUCAGCGAAAAUCAACCUUGAACCUUCGGACUGUGGCUAUUCUGCCGGUUACCUCUGGCGUCCCCGUCGUGGAAUUUGGCCACCGUCUUAUGAAUGCGCUCGCCCAGGUUGGGCCCCAAAACGGCGCAACCUCGCUGAAUCAGUCUGGGAUCCUGAACCAUCUGGGGAAGCAUGCGUUCAACAAGAUGGGCAAACUCAAGUUGUCGCAAUAUCUCGCUGAUUUGGAAGAAAAGUACGGAUUGGUGGUGUAUGUGGCAGAUACCAAUGUCAACUCGCCAUGGACACAGACCUGCAUCACGCAAGCCGACAGCAUUUUGCUUGUCGGAUUGGCUGAAGGCUCGCCAGCUAUUGGAGAAUACGAGCGCUUUAUGCUGGGGAUGAAGUCAACGGCGCGAAAGACUCUAGUUCUGCUCCAUACUGAACGAUUCUCGCGGCCGGGCCUCACAAGGUCGUGGCUGCGAAAUCACGCAAUGCCUGCCCAUCCUCCCUCGAAAAAACUGGGACAAGCUCUCAAGGAAAGGGUGCAAGUGUUGCAAGCUGAGAUUCAAAAGUACACUUCGCGGAAUGUGCAUCAUACCCAGUACUACUCGCCCGAUACACCAUUCAAGGGGGAUUUCCAUCGCCUUGCACGCCGGCUUUGCGGAAAGUCUAUUGGACUGGUCCUAGGCGGUGGUGGUGCACGAGGCAUCAGCCAGAUUGGAAUUAUCAGAGCAAUGGAAGAGGCUGGCAUUCCGGUGGAUAUUAUCGGUGGUACAUCGAUUGGCGCUUUCGUCGGCGCGUUAUACGCCCGCCACGCAGACGUUGUGCCCAUGUUUGGUUUUGCAAAGAAGUUUGCGGGUCGCAUGGCAAGUCUCUGGCGGUUCGCUCUCGACCUGACGUAUCCGUCUGCCUCUUACACGACGGGGCAUGAGUUCAACCGAGGCAUAUUCAAGGCUUUUGGGAACACGCAAAUCGAAGACUUUUGGCUGGAAUACUACUGUAACACUACCAACAUCAGCAAGAGCCGGGCCGAGUUUCACACGAGCGGAUAUGCGUGGCGAUACAUUCGAGCUUCGAUGUCGCUUGCCGGUCUGCUGCCUCCGUUGUGUGACGAAGGCAGUAUGCUGCUAGACGGCGGUUACGUGGAUAACUUGACGGUAUCACACAUGAAAGACUUGGGGGUAGACAUCAUCUUUGCCAUCGAUGUUGGAGCGCUGGAUGAUGACACGCCACAGACAUAUGGAGACUCAUUGUCAGGCAUGUGGGCAUUCUUCAAUCGGUGGAACCCGUUCUCGUCUCACCCCAAUCCGCCAACCCUGGCAGAGAUUCAAGGCAGACUCGCGUACGUCUCGAGUGUCGAUGCUCUGGAGCGGGCAAAGACGAUGCCAGGAUGCACCUACAUGCGACCCCCUAUUGACGGCUACGGAACGCUCGACUUUGGCAAGUUUGAUGAGAUUUACAAGAUGGGUUACGAGUUUGGGCGCGAGUUCUUUCAAAAGCUCAAGGACGAGAACAAGCUGCCGCUUACGGAAGAGACUGAGGCGAAGAAGGCGCUGCGAAGAACAACUGCACCUAGACGAGCCAGCAUCUAG